AUGUCUGGCAAGGAGAAUACCAGCUCGGGAACCGGUUCGUCCGGCAGUUCGUACUACCCAUACCAGGUCACCAAUACCGGAGUCAAUCGUGGAGGAAACAGCUGGGACGCACGCACUCAGCCUGGAGGAUCUGCCUAUCACUACUCCAAUACCGAUGGCUCCUACUACUACUCCAAUGCUAACGGCAGCACCUACCACAACAACGGCAGUGGAGGCUCAACCUACAAAUCUCCCAACGGCAAUGUCUACAAGAAGUGA